UUCCCGAACGAGAGAGAACAUAUUAUUCUCUCCGCCUUUAUUACUUUUCUAUCUUUCUGCUUCUCCCUCACCAUUUUACUCUCUGCUUCACAAAGAAAUUCCGUCUCACUUCUUCUAUAACCAAAAUACCACCACCAUGAGCUAAGAUUGAGAGAACAAUAUCAACACAUACCAUUUUCUCUUCCAUCAUUCGCUGAAAACCAGCUGCAAUUUCAAAGUUAGGUUUGCAAAAAGCUUGCUUUUUGACCUAAUUCGAGAUUUGGGUUCUUAGAUCGAUGCAGUAUGACACAACUGACAUCAGUAUAUUCUUCCUUCUCUUAUUCUUAUGGUAGUUUUAUUGGUGGUUUGGCGUUGGUUGGUUGUAGGAGAGAAGAAAGCGGUGGUGGUGGAGGAGGUGGAUGUGGGAAUUCAAGAGUCGAGGUGGUGGUGGAGGAGAUCGGGGAUGGGGUCUUGGUGGAGAAGGUCAUUGAGGUGUUGUUAGCAGAAGGGAUGGUGAUUUUCUGCAGAAUACUAUGCUCGGCUGCUCUCAGGAACAUAUGGGGUUGUUUCAUCUUCAGCCUUUACGGAGAUCGGUUUACUCUAUGGAUAGCUAACUCCCUCUCUCUAUUUUUGUAAUGAACAUAUGGUGUUUGAUGAAAUGACUUGUACUGUAUGUAGAACAGUAGAAGUAUGAUGUCUGGUAUCAAAUGGAAGCUAUGACGCCAUCAUCAGCUUCACUUGAUGAGGGUGCUUAGCGAUUGAGUUUCAUAUACCUCCAUUUUUUUCGCCAACCUAGUCUACCUGCUAAGGAAGCACCUAUCUUUGCUAAAAAAUAAUUGUUUGAUGAUUUUUUAAGAUACAUUGAAUGACUCUGUUACUGUUAAGCUACAUAUUUCAUACCUUAGAAUCCGUAAUCAAUAAAUCCAGUGUUUGUUUCUCAA